AAGGAUCUGUGUUGUUAUUCCAGCCCGGAGGUCGAGGCUCCGUAUGUCAGCGAGGAGGAGAAGCAAAGGCUCCUGGAGCUCUACCGGUACCUGCACAGCCGGGCCCACAACUCCUCCCGCCCCCUGAAGAACAUCUACCUCCCAGGCCCCAGAGAGAACCUCCUGGCCUGGGUGUCCGGCGCCUUCGAGCUGUACGUGUGCUACAGCCCGCUGGGGACCAAGGCGGCCGUGCUCAGCGCUGUCAGCAAGCUCAUGAAGUGGAUCCGCAGGGAGGAGGAGCGACUCUUCAUCCUGACGCCGCAGACCUACUGAGGGGACUGGCCUGGGGCGCGCCCGCCACCCCCACAGC